UUAUGGCGACCCCUCAGAUUUUGCAGAGAGAAGAAGAUCUUCUCUUAUGGCAGUCCCUCUUUGAUGACCCCAAAGGAGAAAAUGAGAAGUGCAGAGGAACGGAUAUUGAGAAAAAGAUCGAGUUCCUGGAGAGCUUGACUGGAAAAGUCAGCAACCGGAGAUCUCGAAGAUGGUUAAAUGAUCGCCUUUUAAUGGAGCUCGUUCCUCGUCUAAAUGCAGAAGAAAUUAGAGGCUUGUUUGCUCCACCGCCUUGGGGUGAUGAUGUGCCACUGUCCCCAUUUAGCAUGACAAAUAUAGGAGAAUGGGACAAAUUUAGAACCGUGGAUAUGGAUAAAGAGAGGAGAGCAGGUGCACAUCAUGUGUCUGAUGGAAGAAUUGAUGCCCUCAGUCGGAACACCGGUUCCUUGUCCUCCAAUUCUUGCAGUUGUGGUCUCCCAAACAGAUUCCACCCUCCAAAAUAUCAGCAAGCUUUGCUCUGAUGUACACAGCUCAACAUGAAAUGGAUUUUAAUAAUCCCUUUGAUUUUUGUGAUGAAUCUCUCGUUAUCUCAAAGACAAAUAUGAUAUCCAUAUCUGAUGAUGGCAAAAUAUGGAAAUGGCUCCUAACUGCUGAAGGAUUUGGUGAUGGAUCAACUAAUUCAGGCCCGUCAAAGACAAAGAUCUUCUUUAGGCAAAUGGUGGGACAGCAGCGCCGUCUGCUGAUGAUGAUCCAUUGAAUGUGGUUGGCCCAUCAAAUGAUAGUUUUAGCCAUAGGAUUAGCCAAAGGAUAGUGAGGAAAUGGUUUGUGUGCAGGUGCACUUCUUUAUUCUCCAGUAUGUACUGCAUGCUUGGUUGCACUUUUCUGUUAGAAAUCAUACCACGCUUGGGCACUAGCAGCAUAGCUGUUUCACAAAAAUAAUAGUUGGAAUCCCUGAUUGGUACGCUAUUUAUUCCUUG